GAAACAUGUAUUUCUCAUGUUAAGCACUAAGAACAACAUUUCAACCCCACCAUCACCCACCACAUUCUCACUCUUCAACAACAUUCAAAACUUCCUCCCUCUCUCUCUCUCUCUCUCCCUCUCUCUCUCUCUAAAAAGAGGCCAAAAUAUACACAUACAUAAAUAUCUAUAUAUGUACGUAGGAACAAAUAUAUAGAGAGAGAGAGGGAGAGGGAGAGAGAUGGGGCUUCCGGCGAUCGUCGGGAAAUACCGCAUGGGUCGGACGAUCGGGGAGGGGACGUUCGCGAAGGUGAAGCUGGCGGCGAACAUGGAGACGGGCAAGAGCGUCGCGGUGAAGAUCAUCGACAAGAAGAUGGUGCUGCAGAACAAUCUCAUGUAUCAGGUCAAGAGAGAGAUUAGCACCAUGAAGCUUCUCCAUCAUCCUAACAUAGUACAAAUAUAUGAGGUGAUCGCGACGAAGACGAAAAUAUAUCUUGUCAUGGAAUAUGUCUCAGGAGGACAACUCUCCCACAAGUUGAAUUAUCUUAAUAGUUUAGAUGAGAGAGAAGCAAGGAAAUAUUUCCAACAAUUAAUUGAUGCAGUGGAUUAUUGCCAUGCAAGAGGUGUUUAUCAUAGAGAUCUCAAGCCAGAGAACUUGCUACUAGAUCACAAGGGGAAUCUAAAAGUAUCCGAUUUCGGCCUCAGCGUGUUGCGAAAGCCUGGGGAUUUGCUCACCACAGCUUGUGGUUCACCAAGUUAUGUGGCUCCUGAGGUGAUAGUUCACAAGAAUUACGACGGCGCGGCCGCCGAUUUAUGGUCUUGUGGUGUGAUUUUAUUUGAAAUUCUCGCCGGAUUUUUGCCGUUCGACGAUCACAGCCUCACCAAUUUGUAUAGAAAGAUAUCACGCGCCGAAUACAAAUGCCCGGAAUGGUUCACUGCUCCUCAAAGGAAGCUCAUCUCCAGGAUAUUGGAUCCAUUUCCCACAAGGCGGGCCACGAUAGCAGAGAUCGUCGCCGAUUCGUGGUUUCGAGUCGACUACAAGCCUUCGUUCGGAAUCGAAAACGACGAAUGCUACAGCACAGACGAUAUCGACGAAACAUUCGAGAUACAAAAUGAAAGAACGAAUCAAAAUGCGACAGAAAAAUCAGAGAGAUUGAUCAAUGCUUUCCGACUCAUAGCGAUGUCCAACGACCUCGAUUUAUCGGGCCUUUUCCAGGAACAGGAUCACUCAGGGACAAUGAUUCAACAGAAAAUAAAGCUCGGCGCGAAGCAUUCAAUAGACGAAACAUUCGAGAAAAUCGAGAUCGCCGCUAAGGACGCGAACUUAUCGGUCAGAAGAAUCGACAAUUCCUUGGUGAAACUUCAUGAAAACAAGAAGCUAACAAGAAGUAGAUCACAUUUUGCUUUAUCGGCGGAGGUGAUUGAGGUAACGCCGAUUCACUGCGUCGUAGAGAUAUCGAAGUCCGCAGGGGAUUUAAGAACAUACAAUGAGUUCUGCAGUAGCCUGUCAAGUUUGCUGAAGGAGAAGUCGAGCAGUUCGUCGGAUUUGGAGGCGCCUUCACCUAGUAAUAAAACAGAUGACAAGGAAUCAAAAGUACGUGUAUAGAUUCAGCGUAAAAUACGAUACAUUAAACUUUUGAGAGAUGUGAACCGAGUUUUGAGCUACUUUUCCUGUGGAGAAAUAUUUCUAACUGAAUACAAUUACCUGACCAAAGUUUUAUGUAAGUAUCAGAUUUUGAAGAGAGGGUGAAAAAGAGAAGCAGAUACCUUUUUUUUCUU